UCCUUUUUGGUGUGGCAACCCAGUGUUUAGGUAUGGAGCCGGCAGAGGAGAGAAGACAGAAGAGAAAGCAGUCGAAAGUGUGCGAGAAGUUGUCCUUGUAUGCUCAUAGAAGACCAUGGUCGGUCCAUCGCCUACGGCGGGCCAUCACCUGAUGUUUCUCGCAGUUGCUGCCGCCACCGCUAUCCUGCUCCCGACAUCUCAAGGUGGACAGUGUUGGAGCUUGGUGAAUCGAAAUGGAAGGUGCACAGAAAGUUUACGUACCAACGUAACCAGGGAAGAGUGCUGCAGCGACGGCAGCCCUACAACGGCUUGGAGUUCUAAAGAUCUCAGACCUGGAGAUCUCUUCUUCUGGAUAUCCCUGGGUGGUGGUGUAGCUUGCAAACCAUGUAAAGUGUACAUUGGAAGAGGAGCUAGAAGUGAUCUUCCCCCUUACCUGUACACACAGUUCAGUAUGACGCUGCAUUUUCGAGUAUGCUGCUACCAGAGUAGUGAGUGUCACUCCUUGGAUUUCACGACGGAUGUUCCAGU